AUGCGUCGCACCGAGUUCGUUACGCCAUGGAUUCGUAUGCGGGGGCAGGAAGCUAACAUUCGAGAGGAGAUGAAACGUUUAAUUGUGAUGCAGAGAGCAGUGCUGCUACUCUGUUGGCUGCCGCUCCUCAACCACUGCCACGCCGUAAAUCCAGGUUGUUCUUGUGUUGUGUACAGCAGCUCGGACAGACCUCAAGGUGGCACUUUCACAUCUCCUGAUUUUCCCAAACGAUACCCACCGAAUAUCGAUUGUCUUCUGUACACAUUCAUUGGUCAUCAAGAUGAAAUUGUUGUUCUAAAUUUUCAUCACUUCAACGUUCGUCGCACCUGGCCCGAGUAA